UUGUUCAAAUCAUCGAGAAUUUGCGUUUGGGGAGAGUAUAUGAGAACAUGUAAUGUUAUAGACAACAUAUACAUGUGUGCAGGGACUAGGAAGACACUGCAGUUACCCAUUCAGGCAUUUCAGUCAGCAGUUCACCACUCGGCAUUCCGGCAGCUUGGUGCUGCGGUUCAAGGCUAAGCAAGCAGCCUUUCAAGUGGGAGACAAAGCGGACGUUUUCUUGAGCCGCGCCACCGCGACGCAAAAGCAAUGCUGCUUCAGCUUUUCACCGUUCUAUGUCUUCUCCUCGUGCCUGCUUAUUACCUCUGCGCCGCGGCCACCGGCGGCAGCGACGGCCAGUUCGUCUACAACGGCUUCAAGGGUGCGAACCUGUCCCUCGACGGCUCGGCCACGGUGAUGCCGAACGGCCUCCUGAUGCUGACCAACGGCACCAUCCAGAUGAAAGGCCACGCGCUCCACCCGUCUCCCCUACCGUUCUGGGACCCGGACGCCCGGAACGCCACGGCCGCGCGGUCCUUUUCAACCACCUUCGUGUUUGCCAUCUUCGGGCAGUACACCGACUUGAGCAGCCACGGCCUCGCCUUCUUCGUCUCCGCGGACAGGGUUGUGCUGUCCACAGCACUGCCGGGCCAGUUCUUGGGCCUCCUCAACGACACCGACAACGGCAACCGGAGCACCAACAUCUUUGCCGUGGAGUUCGACACGCUCUUCAACGCCGAGUUCCACGACAUCAACAGCAACCACGUUGGCGUGGACGUUGACAGCCUGGAGUCGAGCGUUGCCGCGGACGCCGGGUACUACGACGAUGGCACCGGGCAGUUCCUGAACCUGAGCCUCAUUAGCCGGAAGGCCAUGCAAGUUUGGGUUGACUACGACGGCGAGACCACGACGAUUACGGUGACCAUGGCCCCUCUGGGAGUGCCCAGGCCCAAGAAGCCGCUGCUGCAGACCGCCGUCGACCUCUCCGAUGUAGUGCAGGGCACGGCGUACGUCGGGUUCACGUCGGCGACGGGCAUCCUUUUCUCGCGCCACUUCGUUGUCGGCUGGAGCUUCGCGCUGGACGGGCCGGCCCCAGCGCUGAACAUCUCACAGCUUCCAGCCUUGCCGCCGGCCGGGUCCAAGCCCCGGUCGAAGGUGUUGGAGAUCGUGCUCCCCAUAGCGUCAGCGACGCUGAUGUUCGCUGUGGGCAUCGCGAUUUACACCUUGGUGCGGCAGCGGAUCAAGUACGCCGAGCUGCGCGAGGACUGGGAGAUCGCGUUCGGCCCGCACCGGUUCUCGUACAAGGAAUUGUUCCAUGCCACCAAAGGGUUCAGUGACAAGCAAUUGCUUGGAGCAGGAGGGUUUGGAAGCGUGUACAAGGGCGUUUUCCGCAGGUCCAACAUGGAGGUCGCGGUGAAGAAAGUGUCUCAUGAGUCCAAGCAGGGCAUGAAGGAGUUCAUCGCUGAGGUUGCGAGUAUGGGACGACUGCGGCACCGCAACCUCGUGCAGUUACUCGGCUACUGCCGACGCAAAGGUGAACUUUUCUUGGUCUACGAUUACAUGCCAAAUGGUAGCCUUGACAAAUACCUGUAUGGUCCAAGCAUGGAUACAUUGGAUUGGCCUCAAAGAUCUCACAUCAUUAGAGGAGUGGCAUCAGGACUGCUGUAUCUCCAUGAGGAUUGGGAGCAAGUUGUCAUCCAUCGAGAUGUUAAGGCAAGCAAUGUGCUCCUCGACGGCGAAAUGAAUGGACGAUUAGGAGACUUCGGCCUCGCAAGGCUGUAUGAUCAUGGAGCCGAUGCGCAUACUACAAAUGUUGUGGGCACUAUGGGGUACCUAGCCCCUGAAUUGGGCCACACCGGCAAGGCAACUCCGGCAACCGACGUCUUUGCUUUUGGGGCAUUCCUUCUGGAAGUCACUUGCGGACGAAGGCCUGUUGAGCAGGAUGAGCACAAUAGUCGUAUCGUGCUUGCUGAUAGGGUAAUUGAGCAUUGGCGCAAGGGUUCGAUUAUUGACUCGGUGGACACGAGGAUUCCAAAUGGGUAUAAUCCUGAAGAGGUCUCUCUUGUACUAAAGCUUGGGCUGUUGUGCUCGCAUCCAUUGCCCAAUGCAAGGCCAACCAUGCGACAUGUCAUGCAGUACCUCGACGGCGAUGUGGUCCUUCCAGACUUGUCACCGGCGAACCUCGGCUUCACCGUAAUGGAGCGGAUGUAUACCAGGGAGUCCAGCCAGAAUAUGAUGUCAUGUGUGUCAUCCACGAGCAUGGGUGCCAUUCUGAAAUAACCGGAAGAAGGUGAUAGGUUCUUGCAGUUAAGGAGUGUAAUUGUUUAUCUUGCUGUUGCUGUAAUAUGAAAUGGGGGUUCUUGUGUUUUAGUACUUACUGAAUUGUAGUCUUGAGACAGCUCCGAUAUAUAGUAUGCCUUAAAACAAAAGUAACAGGAAAAUGAGAGGAAAAACAUAGUAUGGUGUGCUAAGUUUUGGAGGUGGUAGCUAAAGAGCUCUUUGUCAAAAAUGGAUCGAGUAGUAAGUUUAUCUU